AUAUGUAAGUGCAAGAGACGAGCUGAUCGAGCAUGUAACGCAUGCGUUCGUACGUGCAGCAAGCAGAUUUCAUGGGAGGAAUGGUGGCCGCGGACUGGGCGUGGUGGCUCGGCCUCCUCGCCGGCGCCGUCCCGCUGCUCGCGCUCGCCGUCUGGCACUGCGCCGACGCCUUCCACUGCGCCGCCUUCGCCGUCAGGCACCUUGGCGGCAGGCAGCGCCCGCGGCUCCCGCCGGGACACAUAGGCCUGCCCUUCGUCGGCGAGACCCUCGCGCUGCUCUGGUACUUCAACCUCGCACGCCGCCCCGACGGCUUCGUCGAGGCCAAGAGGCGGCGCUACGGCGGCGCCGGCGACGGCGGUGACGAGGGGGUCGGCUUGUACAGGACGCACCUCUUCGGCUCGCCCACCGUGCUCGCCUGCUCGCCGGCGGCCAACAAGUUCGUGCUCCAGUCGAACGACAGCUUCGCCAUCCGCUGGCCGUCGCCGGAGAUCGUCGGCGUCUCGUCCGUCGUGAACGUGCACGGGAGCCAGCACGCCAGGCUGCGCAGGUUCAUCGUCGCAGCCGUCAACAGCCCCCGCUCCCUCCGGGCCAUCGCGGAGGUCGUCCAGCCGCGCGUGGCGGCGGCGCUGCGGUCGUGGGCGGCGAAGGGCACCAUCACCGCCGCCACCGAGAUCAAGAAAGAAUGCUUCACCGAUGGAUGGAUCGAACAGGUGACGUUCGAGAACAUAUGCAGGAUGUUCGUGAGCAUGGAGCCGUCGCCUCUGACCGCCAAGAUCGACGAGUGGUUCGCCGGGUUGGUUGCCGGCUUGAGGGCGUUCCCGCUGGACAUCCCAGGAACAGCGCUCCGCCGCGCUAAAAAGUGCCGGAGGAAGUUGCACUCGGUGUUCAGCGAGGAGCUCGAGAGGAGGAAGGCAAAGCUGGCCGCCGGAGAAGGAGGCGACAACGAUGUGAUGAGUGGUCUGAUGCAGAUGGAGGACGAGCAGGGGAGGCGACUAGAAGACGAGGAGGUGGUGGACAAUAUAGUCUCCCUUGUCCUUGCAGGUUACGAGUCCACCUCCAACGCCAUCAUGUGGGCGGCCUAUUACCUGGCAAAAUCGCCACACGUCCUUGCAAAGCUAAGAGAGGAGAAUUCAGCCAUAGCCAAAGAGAACAAUGGAGCCAGCUUUAUAACUCUAGAUGACAUCUACAAGAUGAAGUACACUCCUAAGGUCGUGGAAGAAACGAUUCGGUUGGCUAAUAUUGCUCCGAUGGUUUACCGGGUGGCACUCAGAGAUGUCGAGUAUAGAGGUUAUACUAUACCAAAAGGUUGGAGAGUUGUUGUGUGGCUCCGAUCACUACACGUUGACCCAAAAUACUACGACGAUCCAUUUAGCUUCAAUCCUGACAGAUGGGAUAAAGCGGCGAAGCCAGGCACGUACCAGGUGUUUGGAGUUGGCGAGAGGAUCUGCGCCGGCAACAUGCUGGCAAGACUGCAGCUCACCAUCAUGCUUCAUCACCUCUCUUGUGGUUACAGAUGGGAGUUGCUGAAUCCUGAUGCAGGGGUUGCUUACCUUCCACACCCAAGACCAAUGGAUGGGGCAGCUAUGUCCUUCAGUGAACUCUAAUGGAAAUGCAUAUCAUUCAGAUAAAAUAAAAGAAGUCACUCUAUAAUGUUGCUUCAAAACUUCAAUUGUACUGUUACCUGCAACAGGCAUUAGAAGAUGGGAGCAACAGUGUAUUGUAGUAGUAUCCGGCAAUGGCAUCUCCUACAGUAGGCUAUGUUUUAAAUGUGUUGUUCAGUGUUCCUGCUCUACAUAUUCUGUAUGUAAAUCAACUCUGGCAAUAAUAAUUAAUAAGUAUGCCUAAUAGUAAAUAAUGGCACAAGCUUUGUUACUAAAAUGUUCCUGGCUAGAUUCUUGCCUCUAUUAAAAUAUAUGAAAGG